AUGGUCCGCACCUCCGUUCUCCACGAUGCUCUCAAGAGCAUGAACAACGCCGAGAAGGCCGGCAAGCGCCAGGUCCUCAUCCGCCCUAGCUCCAAGGUCAUCGUCAAGUUCCUCCAGGUCAUGCAGCGCCACGGAUAUAUUGACGACCACCGCUCCGGCAAGAUUGUCGUCCAGCUGAACGGCCGCCUCAACAAGUGCGGUGUCAUCUCCCCCCGCUACAACGUCCGCCUCGCCGACCUCGAGAAGUGGGUUGUCAAGCUGCUCCCUGCCCGUCAGUUCGGCUACGUCAUCCUCACCACCUCCGCUGGUAUCAUGGACCACGAGGAGGCCCGUCGCAAGCACGUUGCCGGCAAGGUCAUCGGCUUCUUCUACUAA